AUGGGGUUGGAGGCGAGGGGUGUCGACAAUGACACUCGCGGAUGGAUUCUGAGCAGCGUGAGCGGCGUGGCUUGCGUCUUUGGCGCGUCCAUCAUCUGCGUUGAUGCUUUGGUGCGCCUCAUUCCGGGCAAGGCCAACUUCCGUAUCCAGGACAGCAACGUUUUCCUUGCGUGCUCGCUGAGCUUGAGCUUUGGCGUCAUGCUCUUCUCCUCGUUGUUCAGCAUGCUCCCCGAGUCCAAAGAAUACUUUAAGCAAGAGGGCUGGACAGACCAGGCUGCUGGUCUUUUCAUGAUGGGCUUCUUUGCCACAGGCUUCGUUGGCAUCCAAGUUGUCUCGCGACUCGUCCACCAGUUUAUGCCCUCCCACGUCGUCGACUGCGACCAUAGCCACGACGAUACUGCCUCUCACGAUGGGCAUUCUCACCAUACACACUCGGAUCGAGCUCGCUCGCGAUCUAAUCGCGGUCGUCGCAUGCUGUCUCGAGCCCCCGACAAUAAAAUAUCUGAUAUUGCCGAGACAAGUAGCGAUGAUCAGCAGCUCACCAGCGAAUCAACUCCUCUACUUAGCUCUGGGAGCCGUGAUGCUAACAAUACGACAUUGACUCGUCAAGCCUCUGCGAGAGACGAAAUGAUCCAGCGAUCCGGCAGUCCCUUGAUGCUGACCCGUAGCAGAACCACUACCGCCGGUGAUUCCACAACCGGUAGCAGACGGCCUUCCAUUCUCGAGGUUCAGAAGCGGGUCAUGUCCUUUGUCAGAGAUACAAAAGCCAACUGUGAUGAAUCUGGACCUUGCUACGGAUACACUGAUCCUUGUGGCCAGGAAUGCUUCAAACACAUGAGCAGUCGCGCGGCCAGUAAUGCGCGCCCGCUGCCGGCUCUUCGCACAGCUAAUGGGCAUUUCCAACCUCACCACUCCUUUCAUGCUACUCUCGAUCACAAUCACACCCUCGCAGAUACCAGCGACACGCCUGUCAGUCCCAGCCGUGUGGUAUCUCGCGACUCCUUGACCCUAACCGAUGAGGAGACGGAUGAUAAUGGCUUUCCCUGCGAGCAGAUGGAUGAGGGCGACAUGGAAGCUCAGCACCAUCACCACGUGCCUACCAAUGCCUUUCUCGCUAUAGGACUGCAAACGUCUAUUGCCAUUGCUUUGCAUAAAUUCCCCGAAGGCUUCAUCACCUACGCAACAAACCAUGCCAACCCUGCCUUGGGGCUCAACGUCUUCAUGGCUCUAUUCGUCCACAACAUCUCCGAAGGCUUUGCCAUGGCCUUGCCUCUCUACAUGGCUCUCAACUCCCGCUUGCGAGCCAUGGUCUGGUCGGCUGUGUUGGGUGGCUUGUCCCAGCCCCUCGGAGCGGGCAUUGCGGCUCUGUGGUUCAAACUUGCCAAAAAGACGCACAUGACUCCAAAUGCUGUCGCGUAUGGAUGCCUUUUCGCCCUGACUUCGGGUAUCAUGGUUAGUGUUGGACUCCAGCUCUUUGUUGAGAGUCUUAGCCUCAACCAUGAUCGCAACAUGUGCAUGUUCUUUGCUUUCCUUGGCAUGUCCCUGUUGGGUUUGAGCAAUGCCCUUUUCGCAGACCACUAG